UUUCUUAGCGUAACCUCUACAACAAUAGUUUCAACAUGGCUGACUCCAUGAAAAACAUGCGACUUGAGCUAAAAAAGAUUAAGGCAGCAAUUUUAAAUGGAACGGUCGAAGGAGCAGCAUUGAAAAAGCUCAAAAUAAGGAAAAGAAAGUUAAAAGCUGAAUUAGAAGCAGCAAAAGCUCUCUUAAGUGAAUCAACCGCUGCCCAAGAUGAUAACGCAGAGAAUGAAGAAGAAGAAGAAUCAAUGAAUGAAGAUACGACAGAAGAAAAUGGAAUUUCAACACCUCAGAACGACACUGCCCCAGCAAUCAUAGAUACAUCCUUUGAAUCACUUGCUGAUAAAGUUAGUGAACAAACACUGAAAGGUGUGGCGGACAUGGGCUUCACACACAUGACAGAGAUUCAACAUAAGUCCAUUCCUUAUCUACUAGAUGGGAGAGAUUUGAUGGGAGCAGCAAAGACAGGCAGCGGUAAAACUUUAGCUUUCCUGAUACCCGCCAUAGAGUUGAUAUACAAAUGCCACUUCAUGCCUCGUAAUGGGACUGGUGUUAUUGUGAUAUCCCCUACAAGGGAGCUGUCAAUGCAGACCUUUGGUGUCUUGAAAGAGCUCUUGAAGUAUCAUCACCACACAUAUGGUCUAGUUAUGGGAGGAACUAACCGCGGUGACGAGGCAAAGAAACUCUCUAAGGGCAUCAACAUUUUGGUUGCAACUCCAGGUCGCUUGUUGGAUCAUUUACAGAACACUAAAGACUUCUUAUACAAGAAUCUCCAGUGUUUGAUCAUAGAUGAGGCAGAUAGAAUUUUAGACAUGGGUUUCGAAGAAGAAAUGAAACAAAUCAUAAAACUCCUGCCUAAAAAGAGACAGACCAUGUUGUUCUCGGCCACACCAACCAGAAAAACAGAAGAUUUGGCCAGGAUUUCAUUGAAGAAAGAACCCUUUUAUGUGGGUGUAGAUGAUAAAAAAGAUGAAGCCACAGUGGAAGGAUUAGAACAAGGCUAUGUUGUAUGUGAACCAGAUAAAAGAUUUUUACUGCUGUUUACAUUUUUAAAGAAGAACAAGAAGAAGAAAAUCAUGGUCUUUCUCUCAUCCUGUAUGGCUGUUCGCUUUUACAGUGAGCUACUCAACUACAUUGAUUUACCAGUAAUGUGCAUUCAUGGCAAACAGAAGCAGACAAAGAGAACACAGACCUUCUUCCAGUUCUGUAAUGCUGACAGUGGGACCCUGUUGUGUACUGAUGUGGCAGCCAGAGGACUUGAUAUACCACAGGUGGACUGGAUCAUCCAGUAUGAUCCUCCAGAUGACCCUAAGGAAUACAUUCAUCGUGUGGGACGAACUGCUAGAGGAGAAGGCGGCCGUGGUAAUGCCUUGUUGUUCCUUAACCCACAAGAACUGGCCUUCUUACGUUAUCUACGAAUGGCCAAGGUUCAAGUCAACGAGUUCCAGUUUCAGUGGAGCAAAGUGGCCAAUAUACAACCACAACUGGAGAAGCUGAUCAGCAAAAACUUCUAUCUCCACAAAACUGCACAAGAAGGAUUCAAAGCCUACAUAAGAGCCUACGCCUCACAUAAGCAGAAGGCCAUCUUUGACGUGGCCAAGCUAGACAUCACCAAGUCGGCCAAAUCUUUUGGUUUUGCUGUGGCCCCACAUGUUGACCUCCAUGUGAUCAACAGUAAAAGCAGACAAGGCAGAAACCCAUCCUUUGCUGGAUACAACAAUAAAAAACAGAUCAAGAAAACUAAGAUCUUCAAAAAUAAAAAUUAAGAUAAUUUCAAAA